CAUAUCGCUCGAUUGGGAUUGCUAUCAUUUAGAUAUCAGAUUUUCUAUUUAUUUCAAUAUUCAUUUCGCAACUUAGCGGUCGAUUUUCCUCUGCUUGAUUUAUAUAGUUACUCUUUUUAUUGCAGAUCUACCACGCCUUAUCAGCCUCAGGCUUUGCGGGAGCUGUCUUUUAAAAUGACAGAUUUAAAAGCGACCCCAGGCAGUCCGCUUGCAUCAGAUGGGGAUCCAUGCACCGACCUCGGUCUUAACGGCGUUGCUCCAGAUAUCGAGAAAAAGGCAGGCCCUGGAAGUAUAGAAGAUACUCAGCAACAGAAAGAUUCAGCUUUCAAAUCUCUCGGCCUGCUCGACCGCUUCUUAGCCCUAUGGAUUUUCCUCGCCAUGCUUAUUGGAAUCCUGCUGGGAAACUUCGUCGAGAAUGUAGGGCCUGCACUACAAAAAGGAAAGUUUGUAGGAGUGUCUGUUCCUAUCGCAAUUGGUCUGCUCGUCAUGAUGUAUCCCAUCCUCUGCAAAGUCCAAUACGAAGCUCUGCACCAUGUCUUUCGAAAGCGAGAAAUAUGGGUCCAAAUCGGUUUCAGUAUUGUCGUAAAUUGGAUCGUCGCACCUCUUGUUAUGAUGGCUCUUGCGUGGGCUUUCUUGCCAGAUAAGCAGGGUCUCCGAGAAGGACUCAUUCUUGUCGGUAUCGCAAGAUGUAUAGCUAUGGUUUUGAUAUGGACUGGACUGGCUGGGGGCGAUAACGAAUACUGUGCUAUCCUGGUUGCAGUAAACUCAUUUCUCCAAAUCGUCCUCUUCGCGCCGCUCGCCCUCCUCUUCAUAAAGGUUAUCAGCCACGGCGGACCAGGAGUCAGCGUCUCAUAUUCGACAGUAGCAACCAGUGUAGGGGUCUUCCUUGGAAUUCCCCUUGGUGCUGCCAUCCUCACACGUUUUACACUCCUCAAGAUUGGCGGGGAAAAGUUUUACAACCAGGUCUUCCUGAGAUUCGCCGCACCUUGGUCGCUCAUCGGGCUUCUCUUCACUAUCCUCGUUCUCUUCGCGUCACAAGGCCACCAGGUAGUCCACCAGAUCGUAUCCGUUGUGCGAGUUGCUGCGCCGUUAGUUGUGUACUUCGCCGUUAUCUUUUUCCUGACGCUGCUGGUCACGCAUAAACUGGGCUUUGGAUAUAAGUUAGCCGCGACGCAGAGUUUUACAGCUGCGAGCAACAACUUCGAGCUCGCGAUUGCGGUGGCUGUGGCGACUUUUGGCGCGGAUAGUGAUCAAGCACUAGCUGCGACGGUUGGCCCUCUGAUCGAGGUUCCUGUACUACUUGGGCUCGUUUAUGUUGUCAAAUGGUACGCUCAGAGAAGAGCAUGGAAGGAUUAAAAACGUAGCAUAUAAAUUUAAUGGAUAAUCUCGAUAAAUAAUUUAGAAACUGUUGUAGUUAGAAUAGAG